GUUGUUCACAAUAAUAUUGUUCACGACACACACGCCUCAGCCGUUUAUACCAUUUAGGGAAGUGACGGGACUUGUCAGGAGCUAACUGCGCCCUUUCAUCCAAAAGUUCUAAUGAGAAAGCAAAUGAAUGGAAUCGACGGUACGAAUUGAGAACGGAUUGUUAUAACAGGACCAACGGUAACGGUGAAUGUUUUUGGACCUUCACAUACAGUCGACGAAUAAAUAUAUAUAUAUAUAUUUUUUUUUACAGCCAACCAUUAAUCUGCAAUUACCUACAUCUGCAACAUGGCUGCUAGGAGGACGCUAGUGGGAAAAGUUUAUUAAGAGUACUGACGUGGGAGAAGUUUUAUACUUAUCCAGUCCAGUGCAGCAGACAUUGUUGGAUAAACAACAUUUUUUUCCUAUCGCCUCGGAUUGAACAAACGAACGGAACACUGGAUUACCGAGUAAAUGCAGAGGAGUGCAAGACCACUUUCUCAAUAGACUUUACCUUCUAGAUUUGUGGUGCCCUUUUCAUCCAAAAUAGUGGUCCUCUCGUCCUGUGGUCCAUCUAAAAUGCAUUUCUCCAUUCCGGAAACGGAGGUUCGUUCGGGAGAAAAUGGAUCAACAUACGUGGCCUUCAACAUCCAUGUGAAUAGUGUUCUGCACUGUCAGGUACGCUAUAGACAGCUGCUCGGACUACACCAACAGAUAAAGAAAGAGUAUGGGAACAGUGUGGUGCCUGCUUUCCCUCCAAAGAAGAUAUUCACGCUGACGCCGGCCGAGGUGGAGCAGAGACGAGAACAGCUGGAGAAAUACAUGCAAGCUGUGCGACAGGACCCCAUGCUUGGAGCCAGUGAGAUGUUCAACAGCUUUCUAAGGAAAGCCCAGCAGGAGACCCAGCAGAUUCCAACAGAAGAGGUACCUCUGGAGAUCUACCUGUCUAAGAGGCAGAAGGUCACGGUCAACAUCCUGACCUCUGACCAGACAGAAGACGUCCUCGAGGCUGUUGCGUCAAAGCUGGACCUUCCAGACGACCUUGCUGGUUACUUCAGUCUUUUCCUGGUUCGGGAAGGAGUGGACGGGGGCUUAACGUUUGUGAGGAAGCUGCAGGAUUUUGAGCUGCCAUACGUAUCAGUCACCAGCUUACGGAGCUCAGAGUUCCACAUCGCCCUUCGUAAAAGUUACUGGGACACAGCGUAUGACAGUGAUGUAAUGGACAACAGAGUGGGACUAAACCUACUGUACACUCAGACGGUGUCUGACAUAGAGAGAGGCUGGAUCCUCGUUAACAAGGACCAACACAGACAGCUCAAAUCACUGCAGGAGAAGGGCUCCAAGAAAGAGUUCAUUAGGCUAGGCCAGACGCUGAAGUACUUUGGCUACAUCCAGUUUGACCCGUGCGUGACAGACUUCCCGGAGAAGGGUUGUCACGCGAUCGUCUCCGCUGGGAACAACGAACUCAACUUCCAGGUCAAGCUACCCAAUGAACAGAUGAAAGAGGGGAGCUUCAAGGUCACGCGCAUGAGGUGCUGGAGGGUCACUUCUUCUCAGGUCCCGGUAGCCAACGGAACAGCCUCCACCUCCCCCUGCUCCUCAGCCAAGUGUGAGGUGAAGUUGGAGCUGGCCUUCGAGUACCUGAUGAGCAAAGACCGUCUCCAGUGGGUCACCAUCACCAGCCCACAGGCAAUCAUGAUGAGCAUCUGUCUACAGUCGAUGGUUGAUGAGCUGAUGGUCAAGAAAUCAGGAGGCAGCAUCAAGAAGAUGCUGAGGAAACGUCCCAACGGCUCCCUCCACCGAUCUGAAAGUCAGCAAGCUGUGAAAUCUCCCCCUCUACUGGACUCCCCUGACCCAGACCGAGAACAGAUAGUCAAACUCUCAACCAAGCUGAGCUCUGUGUCACUCAGAGGGAUCAGCGCCUCCAACUCGGCCAACGACGUCAGCGGCAACGGUUUCCAUGGCAACUACGCCUUUGAGGGGAUCGGGGACGAUGACCUGUAAUAUUCCAACCCUCCUCCUCCUCAUCAUCCUUCCCCAUGACUAACGCGGACCCGCAAAGAUUCCAAGCCGAGCUGAGCAGAAAUGAGUUCGUCUGGUUCCUGAUUGUAGCCCUUCCCCGAGGGUCCGCUACCAACCAUAUCUUCUUGUUCUAUCCUCUUCCUAAAAGGCCGCAUCCUCAAGGACACCCUGUUUACUUACGCAGCGCGGCACUUUUUAAUGCAGAGUCCUGUUGGCCAUUUGGGACACAGCCAAAACGGCCAUCUAUCUCAGUGGUUUUCCCCAACCUUUUUUUGAACCGUGGCACACUUUAAUGGGAGAUUUAAAAUAAAAAUAAUUUGGCACGCCUAAAAUAUCCCUAUUAAUUAGUUUUUAGUGGUAAUGACCUCCAUCUGAUCUGAAACAUACUGCAAAUCAUAUAUUUUCUGUGACAAAUGUGUUUUAAUAGGGUUAAUUUGAACUGUUCUCAUAGUUCCUUACUUAUGAUGGUUAAUUUGUUUGUACCCCUUUAAGAGAACUCAUGACUCUGCACUAUAUUUUGUAGUAUUUCUUGCUGGUUAAAUAGGUCUUUAAUUGUUAAAGGUUUAAGCUACAGACUAGUGGUUUUCUGCAUUGUAGAAGUGCAAACACAGACACCAAGCCAUGCUCCAUAAGAAAUGACUGACUUUGGCUAAGCCAAAUCAGACUUGCCUGUACUAAUGGUUUUCACGGCCCAUUCUCUCGUUCAUCAAUCAACUCAAUGUUUCUCCUAUGUUCUUAAUAAAUGUCAAUAAUAUUUAGAGAAAAAAAAUCGCAAACUCGCAGUCUUAAGCUGGAAGUGGUUUAAACGAGGACAUCGCAACUGUCAUUUUGAACGUGCUAUUAUUAGCAUAAGAAUGGCUGUUUUGCACUUCUUGACCAUAUUCUGGACCAUGUCGCAGUCUAUAUAGAUUUACGUUGUUCUGUAAAAAAAUGAGGACAUUCCGUAAUUCUAAAAGGAGCCUCGUCUUCAUCCCAAAGUGUCAUUCUAAGUGUAUUUUUUGUGUUUUCUUUUAGUGUGUUGAUUCUGUCACAUCAGCAAUCCAAGGUACAAACCAGAUAACGGAUUUUGUAAAAAGGGUGUCAGAUCUCUCGCUCUCAGAGCUGGGUCUUCUUUAUUUUUGACAACCGAGACGAGACAGAAGUCAGGCAGAAAGGCUUUUAACACAGUGACAAUGAAAGCUGGUUAACCAAUGAGCCGUAUCUGUUUAGAAGUGUGGAAAAUAAGUUGUGUUAUUCAUUUGGAGUUACUGCUUAGUGAUACUACUUAUACACACAAUAUAACUGUUCAAAUUUGCCAAAAAUAGUUUUUCAGGAACUUAUUUUGAAGGGUGUAUUUGUGUUAUUGAUCUCCCCUAUUAUUCACACCAGCGCUGUGGUAGUGAAGGUUGGUGACUACAAUGCUCAUGCAUAUUUCCUGUAAGAUUAUAAUUUAACGCCUUCAUUUUGCCUGUUGCCUCUAGUCCACCAAAAUCCAGUGUUGGGUUGCCAUUGGUCAAUUUACCAACCAUGUUUCAGCCUUAGCUAAUGGGAGCUCGCCAGAUAGAUCCUUGCAGAAGGAGACGUUGUUUGAUUGGUCGGUCGGUUCGGCUUGCACUUCCCGAACCAAUCAUUUUUGCACAGUAUUAUGCCGCGUUCACGUACUACUGGGAAUUAGGAAACUCUGAAAUGUCUGACUUGGUUGUAGUUAUACACGUGUUGCGUUCAACCAGUUAGCAAGUCGGACUUUUCAGACUAGAACUUGAAUGUGGCAAUACAGAUGGACGACGGAUAUUUAUUAAGUAAUGUGGAGCACGAAAAACGUCAUGGGCUUAGUCUCAAAUGGCACCCUAUUCCCUAUAUAGGGCACUACUUUUGACCAGGGCCCAUAACCACCCUAUUCCCUAUAUAGGGCACUACUUUUGACCAGCGGUAUAGGGAAUAGGAUGCCUUUUGGGACGUAGCCAUAGAACAUUUCCAAGGGGUUGUGAAACUCCAUCUGUGAUUUCCUCAUUUUUUUUCUUUCCCGUUUUUUGUUUCAGCCAAUUUUUUAAGGUGUCUCCUAAAAGCCAAAAUUAUAGUUUACUAAAGCAUUUUGCACAAAAUAAUAUCCGUAUCAUCCAUAGUUUAUUACAGAGCCAUAUAUUUAGAGACUUAGGCCAAAUACUAUAAUGUUAUAUAUUGUUAUAAUUCUAGACCUUCAGGUACAUAGCAGUGUAUAAAUAUUCCCCAUGUAACGUUAAUGGGGUUCUAACAUGGCUGGUAUAGAAUGUUGUAGUGUCAUGUUAAUGGGGUUCUAACAUGAAUGUUAUAGAAUGUUGUAGUGUCAUGUUAAUGGGGUUCUAACAUGAAUGUUAUAGAAUGUUGUAGUGUCAUGUUAAUGGGGUUCUAACAUGAAUGUUAUAGAAUGUUGUAGUGUCAUGUUAAUGGGGUUCUAACAUGAAUGUUAUAGAAUGUUGUAGUGUCAUGUUAAUGGGGUUCUAACAUGAAUGUUAUAGAAUGUUGUAGUGUCAUGUUAAUGGGGUUCUAACAUGAAUGUUAUAGAAUGUUGUAGUGUCAUGUUAAUGUGUUCUAACAUGGCUGCUAUAGAAUGUUGUAGUGUCAUGUUAAUGGGGUUCUAACAUGGCUGCUAUAGAAUGUUGUAGUGUCAUGUUAAUGGGGUUCUAACAUGGCUGCUAUAGAAUGUUGUAGUGUCAUGUUAAUGAGGUUCUGACAUGGCUGUUAUAGAAUGUUGUAGUGUCAUGUUAAUGGGGUUCUAACAUGGCUGUUAUAGAAUAUUGUAGUGUCAUGUUAAUGGGGUUCUAACAUGAAUGUUAUAGAGUGUUGUAGUGUCAUGUUAAUGGAGUUCUAACAUGGCUGUUAUAGAAUGUUGUAGUGUCAUGUUAAUGGGGUUCUAACAUGGCUGGUAUAGAAUGUUGUAGUGUCAUGUUAAUGGGGUUCUAACAUGGCUGUUAUAGAAUGUUGUAGUGUCAUGUUAAUGGAGUUCUAACAUGGCUGUUAUAGAAUGUUGUAGUGUCAUGUUAAUGGGGUUCUAACAUGGCUGUUAUAGAAUGUUGUAGUGUCAUGUUAAUGGGGUUCUAACAUGGCUGUUAUAGAGUCAUAUUAAUGGGGUUCUAACAUGGCUGUUAUAGAAUGUUGUAGUGUCAUGUUAAUGGAGUUCUAACAUGGCUGUUAUAGAAUGUUGUAGUGUCAUGUUAAUGGGGUUCUAACAUGGCUGUUAUAGAAUGUUGUAGUGUCAUGUUAAUGGGGUUCUAACAUGGCUGUUAUAGAGUCAUAUUAAUGGGGUUCUAACAUGGCUGUUAUAGAGUCAUGCUAAUGGGGUCCUAACAUGGCUGUUAUAGAAUGUUGUAGUGUCAUGUUAAUGCAUCAUAAUGCUCAUUCUGGACAUUCUAUUCCCCAUUCAGUGUUAAUGGGGUUCUAACAUGGCUGUUAUAGAAUGUUGUAGUGUCAUGUUAAUGGGGUUCUAACAUGGCUGUUAUAGAAUGUUGUAGUGUCAUGUUAAUGGGGUUCUAACAUGGCGUAGUGUCAUGUUAAUGGGGUUCUAACAUGGCUGUUAUAGAAUGUUGUAGUGUCAUGUUAAUGGGGUUCUAACAUGGCUGUUAUAGAAUGUUGUAGUGUCAUGUUAAUGGGGUUCUAACAUGGCGUAGUGUCAUGUUAAUGGGGUUCUAACAUGGCUGUUAUAGAAUGUUGUAGUGUCAUGUUAAUGGGGUUCUAACAUGGCUGUUAUAGAAUGUUGUAGUGUCAUGUUAAUGGGGUUCUAACAUGGCUGUUAUAGAGUCAUAUUAAUGGGGUUCUAACAUGGCUGUUAUAGAGUCAUAUUAAUGGGGUUCUAACAUGGCUGCUAUAGAAUGUUGUAGUGUCAUGUUAAUGGGGUUCUAACAUGGCUGCUAUAGAAUGUUGUAGUGUCAUGUUAAUGGGGUUCUAACAUGGCUGUUAUAGAGUCAUAUUAAUGGGGUUCUAACAUGGCUGUUAUAGAAUGUUGUAGUGUCAUGUUAAUGCAUCAUAAUGCUCAUUCUGGACAUUCUAUUCCCCAUUCAGUGUUAAUGGGGUUCUAACAUGGCUGCCAUAGAGUCACCCUCAGUGUCCCAACUUUCUAAACACAUGGCUCUGAUUUAUUGUAAUCAAAAGUAUUCUAAGAUUAGAUUAAAAAGUAAAUUUAUCAUUGUUUACAGACUUGUUGGGGGAAAUUAGUUAAAUCCCACGUCUGAUUUGUUGUCUUAUUUUGAAGAACAAAGUUUUUUUGGGGGGGGGGUUGUGGAACAUUUUGUUGGGUUCAUUUGGUAAAUUUCGAUGUAUUAUUUGGAAAUAAAGAAUGUGGCAAUCAUCUCAGAGAAGAUUAUGUACUUUCAUCACAGAGUUAAAACUGAGAUUAGUCUGUAGGAAUAAAAACAUGUGUUCUCUGAAGUGAUUCCCAUUUGUAAGCUUCAACAUAACCACCAGGCUUUUCCCUCUUGUUGACUUGUGGUAACAGACCAGAAUAAACAACCAACUAGUGGAAGCUACAGGAAGAUAGCCUGGUCCAAACCCUAUGGUCAUUGAGCUAUACAGCACAAACAGAUCUGGGAGGACCAGGCUAAGAGGAGAAUGCUGAAUCAAAUGGCAUCUCAACGGCAAGUAAAUGAAUGCAAACCUAUUGACUGUGCUCUUAUAGGUCAGCUAGAAUGGAUGUUCUAAUGUAAAGAAUGAUGUUCGAUCAUUUCCUAAAUGGCACCCUUAAGUAUCCCCUAUCUAGUGCACUACUUUUGACCAGAGACCGAUGGGGCCUGGUAGAAAGUAGUGCACUAGAUAGGGGAUAUGAUGCCAUUUGCAAUGGGGCCUGGUAGAAAGUAGUGCACUAGAUAGGGGAUAUGAUGCAAUGGGGCCUGGUAGAAAGUAGUGCACUAGAUAGGGGAUAUGAUGCAAUGGGGCCUGGUAGAAAGUAGUGCACUAGAUAGGGGAUAUGAUGCCAUUUGAGACACACACAUUUAAAUGUUUAUCUCGUGUGUCAGAGGCUACGAUACUCUGAGUCCCAAAUGGAGCCCUAUAUAGUUAGUGCACUACUUUUGACCAGAGCCCUAUUAUAAUAAACCAUUCAGAGUAUCAAUAUGAGGCCUAUCAGGACGAGUGUCUGUUGUCAUUGCUGUAUUAUACUGUUAAAGAACAAAUAAAAUGUAUAGUUGCCAAAUUCUAACAACAAGUGUCAGUGUUUAUUAG